AGCAGAGAGAGAGAGAAGGACGGAGCUCCUGUUAAGAACAACAUUUAAAAGAAGAAGCAGAGCGGAGUCAGUUCAGAACUGGAAGCCGGGAACACAUUCACGUAGGAGUGCAGCAAACCAGAAGCGGAGCAUUAGGAUUGCCAGCAAGACAAGAAGAAAUUUAAAGAGAAAAACACACACACACAAGACACAGACAUUUCAUCACCCGAACUCCCUCUCUGUCCUGAAGUCUCACUGUUUUAACCUGCUGAUGGAUCUCUCUGUUUGAUGGAAUCAGAUGAAGUGUUAAACUGGAUCUCUGGCUUUUCUGCUUUCAGGAGUGGCUGAUGAAAAAGGACGCCAGGGAAAAUCAAUCAUUAUGAUGGAAAGAUAAAAAUCAUUCACGUGACCUGCUGAAGUUGAAAAGCAUUGUUCCCUAGUCAUGUAAACGUCUAAAUUUUGGUAUAGAUUGGAAUCAAGUACUUCCUGCAAUGAAGCCGAGGAAAGAGUGUCCCAAAAUGUCGAACUGUGUGGUUCUUCUCGCCAUCCUCAUCAUUGUCCUUACACGGUCUUCAUGGAGCAGCAAGGAAUACAUCAACUUUCCAAUCCAAAAUCGGGAAUGGACACUCAACCACUUGGCCGUUCAUAGCAUAACGGGGAAUGUUUAUGUUGGAGCUGUCAAUUGGAUUUACAAACUAUCAAGCAAUUUAACAUUGUUAUUGAAGCAUAAAACUGGUCCAGAAGAGGACAACAAAUCCUGUUAUCCUCCGCUGAUUGUUCAGCCUUGUAAUGAGCCCCUAACAAUGACUAACAAUGUAAACAAAUUGCUUCUUAUUGAUUACUCUGAGAACAGGUUGUUGGCCUGUGGGAGUCUCUUUCAGGGAGUCUGCAAGCUCCUGCGAUUGGAUGACCUAUUUAUACUGGUAGAACCUUCACAUAAGAAGGAACACUACUUAUCUAGUGUUAAUGAAACAGGGACAAUGUAUGGUGUAAUUGUCUCAUCGGAGGGAUCGGACAGCAAGCUCUUUAUUGGAACUGCAGUGGAUGGCAAACAAGACUAUUUUCCAACUAUUUCCAGCCGGAAAUUGCCACAGGAUCCUGAAUCUUCUGCUAUGUUUGAUUAUGUGUUGCACAGUGACUUUGUUGCUUCCUUGAUUAAAAUUCCUUCAGACACCCUGGCAAUGGUGUCUCACUUUGACAUAUUUUACAUAUAUGGUUUUAGCAAUGGAAAUUUUGUAUAUUUCUUAACUGUGCAGCCAGAAACUGAAGGAGUUACUGGGUCAACAAAUGAUCAGUUCUACACCUCCAGAAUUGUGCGAUUAUGCAAGGAAGAUCCCAAAUUUCAUUCCUAUGUUUCACUCCCUGUUGGUUGUGUAAAAAAUGGAAUUGAAUAUCGUCUUUUGCAAGCUGCAUACUUGUCUAAACCUGGCAGUGUUUUGGCAAAAUCUUUAAACAUUUCUACAGAUGAUGAUGUUUUGUUCACCAUAUUCUCCAAAGGUCAGAAGCAGUAUAAGCAUCCACCAGAUGAGUCGGCACUAUGUGUGUUUGUUGUGAAAUAUAUAAAUCAGCAGAUAAAGGACAGACUGCAGUCAUGUUACCGUGGUGAAGGGAAUCUGGAACUGAAUUGGUUACUAGGAAAGGAUGUCCGCUGUACACAUGCGCCAGUCCCAAUUGACGACGACUUUUGUGGUUUGGAUAUAAACCAACCCCUUGGGGGAUCUGUGCUUGUGGAAGGCAUUACAGUUUUCACAGAGGAUAGGGACCGAAUGACAUCUGUGGCAUCCUAUGUCUACAAUGAUCACUCUGUGGUUUUCGUAGGAACUAAGAGUGGGAGACUUAAAAAGAUUCGUGUGGAUGGUCCACCUGAUGGUGGUGGUCACUAUGAGACAGUCCAUGUCAUGGUGGAUGGAAGAAUGAUUCUCAGGGACAUGGGCUUCUCUACAGAUCAGCAGUACCUAUAUGUCAUGUCGGAGCGGCAACUCUCAAGGGUGCCAGUCGAAUCAUGUGAACAGUACGAGACAUGCAGCAAGUGUCUAAGUUCUGGAGACCCUCACUGCGGUUGGUGUGUGCUUCACAACAUGUGCUCAAGGAGAGACAAGUGUGAGCGAGCUGUAGAACCCCAUCGAUUUGCUGCUAGUAUCGAACAGUGCGUAAAACUCAGCAUCCAGCCAAACAGUAUCUCUGUGUCCGAGCACAGUGUACCGCUUAUUCUGAAAGUUAGUGAUGUUCCAGACCUUUCUGCUGGUGUUGUCUGUGCUUUUGGAGGAUUGACAGAGGUGAAUGGUCAGGCGAUUGAUGACAAGAUUAUGUGCAUUUCACCAACUGCUAAAGAUAUACCUCCUAUUCUUGCAGAUCAAGAUUGGAUUGGGGUGAGCCUCCAGCUGAAAUCCAGAGAGACAGGAAAGAUGUUUGCAAGCACUGAAUUCAAGUUCUUCAACUGCAGCGUUCAUCAACUGUGUCUGUCCUGUGUGACUAGUGCAUUCCGCUGUCAUUGGUGUAAAUAUCGAAACCUUUGCACUCAUGAUCCGAGCAUUUGUUCUUUCCAGGAGGGACGGGUCAACACCUCAGAGGAUUGUCCACAGCUGGUGCCCUCAGAUGAGAUUCUUAUCCCAGUUGGAGAGGUGAAACCAAUCACACUAAAAGCACGGAACCUGCCACAGCCACAGUCUGGGCAACGGGGAUACGAGUGUGUACUUAAUGUACAAGGAGUAACCCAACGAGUGCCAGCUCUCCGAUUCAACAGCUCUAGUGUUCAGUGCCAGAACAGUUCGUACCACUAUGACACAAUGGAUAUCAGUGACCUGCCCAUUGAGUUUUCAGUCGUGUGGAAUGGUAACUUCAUCAUUGACAACCCAGCAGACAUCAAAGUUCACCUGUACAAGUGUGAUGCACUGAGAGAGAGUUGUGGCCUUUGUCUGAAAGCAGACCAGAAGUUUGAAUGCGGCUGGUGUAGUGGCGAAGGCAGAUGUACCCUGAGGCAGCAUUGUCCUAUCGUUUCUUCUCAGUGGUUGGACCUGUCCAGCAAAAAUGUGAAGUGCACCAAUCCGCGUAUUACAAAAGUAACUCCAGUGUCUGGUCCACAGGAAGGGGGGACACGGGUAACCAUCCAUGGAGUCAACCUGGGCCUGGAUUUCCUGGACAUUGCUAACAGUGUACGUGUGGCAGGAGUGCAAUGUAUCCCAAUAUUAGAUGGGUAUAUAAUUGCUGAACAAAUUGUGUGUGAAAUGGGGGAGGCGAGGCCUCACAAAGAAUCUGGUCCCGUGCAGCUCUGCGUUGGGGAGUGUAAGCCUGAAUUUAUGACAGAGUCGUCACAGCAGUAUACCUUUGUGAAGCCUUCUCUGGAGAACCUGAACCCGAAUCGAGGUCCCGAGUCUGGGGGAACGAUGGUAACAAUUACUGGAAAAUACCUUGGAGCUGGCAGCAAUGUCAAUGUGCUGUUUGGGAAUCAAACCUGUGAGUUUUACAGGAGAUCUGUGUCUGAGGUUGUUUGCGUUUCUGCCCCAUCUCUUCAUGGUACUGGAAUUGUGCGUGUUUCCGUGAGUGUCGAUCGUGCUCAGAUGGAGGACAGCCUGCAGUUUGAAUUUAUUGACGAUCCCACUGUCCUACGGAUUGAACCAGAAUGGAGUAUUGCCAGUGGCAAUACUUCUCUAACUGUGUUUGGAACAAACUUGGAUAUAAUCCAGGAGCCCAGGAUUCGUGUGAAACACAACAGCCGAGAAUCUCUUAAUGUGUGUGAAGUGCUGAAUUCAACGACCAUGACAUGCCGUGCUCCAGCCCUUACGCAUGAGUACAGACCUGGAAUAGACACUGUGGAACGGCCAGAUGAGUUUGGUUUUAUCUUUGACAACGUGCAGGCGCUGCUUAUCUACAAUAAUACAAAUUUCAUCUUCUACCCCAACCCGACCUUUGAACCUCUGAGUACAACAGGCAUGCUGGAACAGAAGCCAGGCUCCCCCAUUAUACUGAAAGGCCGGAACCUGUUGCCUCCUGCUGCUGGUGGUGCAAAGCUGAACUAUACUGUAUUGAUUGGCGACACACCGUGUGCUGUCACUGUUUCCGAGACACAGUUACUCUGUGAGCCUCCAAAUUUAAGUGGACAGCUUAGAGUUCUGGUCCAGGUGGGUGGACUGCAGUUCUCCCCUGGUAUGGUCCAUGUCAUAUCUGACAGCCUGCUUACCCUCCCAGCCAUCAUCAGCAUCGCGGCAGGUGGUGGUCUUCUGCUUGUCAUAGUAAUCAUUGUUCUGAUUGCCUACAAACGGAAAUCAAGGGAGAAUGAUUUGACCCUGAAACGACUGCAGAUGCAGAUGGAUAACCUUGAAUCGCGUGUCGCUUUGGAAUGCAAAGAAGCUUUUGCAGAACUUCAGACAGAUAUUAAUGAGUUAACCAGUGACUUGGAUCGAGCUGGAAUUCCAUAUCUUGACUACAGGACAUAUGCAAUGCGAGUUUUGUUUCCUGGAAUUGAGGAUCAUCCAGUUCUACGGGAGCUAGAGGUUCCAGGAAAUGGGCAACAGAAUGUGGAGAAAGCACUGAAACUCUUUGGACAGCUCAUUAACAACAAGGUUUUCUUGUUGACUUUCAUCCGGACACUGGAAUUACAGCGGAGCUUUUCAAUGAGGGACCGUGGAAAUGUGGCAUCCUUGAUCAUGACUGCACUGCAAGGCAAGCUAGAAUAUGCCACUGAUGUUCUCAAGCGGCUGCUCUCUGAUCUUAUUGAGAAAAACCUUGAGAGCAAGAACCAUCCCAAACUGUUGCUUCGCAGGACUGAAUCUGUGGCUGAGAAAAUGUUGACAAAUUGGUUCGCAUUCCUCCUCCAUAAAUUUCUGAAGGAGUGUGCAGGAGAGCCUCUCUUCAUGUUGUAUUGCGCCAUUAAACAACAGAUGGAGAAGGGACCAAUUGAUGCAAUCACAGGCGAAGCACGCUACUCCUUGAGUGAGGAUAAAUUGAUCCGACAACAAACUGAAUACAAGACUCUAAUUCUGAACUGUGUGAAUCCAGAGAAUGAGAACAGUCCCGAGAUUCCAGUGAAGGUGCUGAAUUGUGAUACAAUCACCCAAGUUAAAGAAAAAAUCCUGGACUCCAGCUAUAAAAACGUACCCUAUUCCCAGCGCCCACGCGCAGUUGAUAUGGACCUGGAGUGGCGUCAGGGACGAAUGGCUCGUGUGGUUCUACAAGAUGAAGACAUCACCACAAAGAUUGAAAAUGACUGGAAGCGUUUGAACACGUUGGUGCACUAUCAGGUGUCUGAUCGUUCCGUUGUUGCUCUGGUUCCUAAACAGACUUCUUCUUACAAUGUUCCAACCACGACCAGUAUGUGUAGAACAUCCAUUAGUCGCUAUGACUCCACUUUACGGUACACUGGAAGUCCUGACAGCCUGCGCUCUCGGGCUCCAAUGAUUACCCCAGAUUUAGAGAGUGGUGUUAAAGUGUGGCAUCUGGUAAAGAACCAUGAUCAUGGAGACCAGAAGGAGGGUGAUCGUGGCAGUAAGAUGGUAUCUGAAAUCUACCUGACAAGGCUGUUAGCAACAAAGGGCACACUGCAGAAGUUUGUAGAUGACCUGUUUGAGACACUGUUCAGCACCGUACACCGUGGCAGUGCCUUACCACUUGCCAUUAAGUACAUGUUUGACUUCCUGGAUGAGCAGGCUGACAGACAUGUCAUCCAUGAUACAGAUGUUAGGCACACUUGGAAGAGUAACUGUUUACCAUUACGAUUUUGGGUCAACGUGAUUAAGAACCCGCAAUUUGUGUUUGACAUUCACAAGAGUAGUAUUACAGAUGCAUGUCUAUCUGUGGUGGCACAGACGUUCAUGGACUCUUGUUCAACAUCUGAGCAUCGACUCGGCAAGGACUCACCAUCUAAUAAAUUGCUAUAUGCCAAGGAUAUCCCCAACUAUAAGAGCUGGGUUGAGAGGUACUACGCUGAUAUUGCUAAGAUGUCUGCAAUUAGUGACCAAGAUAUGAAUGCUUACCUGGCGGAGCAGUCCCGUUUGCACGUCAAUGAGUUUAACAUGCUGAGUGCAUUGAAUGAAAUCUACUCUUAUGUUACCAAAUACAGUGAAGAGAUAACCGCUGCUUUGGAGCAAGAUGAGCAAGCACGGAAGCAACGCCUGGCAUAUAAAGUAGAGCAACUGAUUGUCGCCAUGUCGCUAGAGAGUUGAGACCUAUAUUUUCAGGAACAAGAGGCUGAACAAUGAACUCAUUGGAGAAAGAGAAGCCAUAGAAGGGGGAGAGCAAAGCAUGGAUCAUGUGGUUAAAUGCUACGUCCAAAGUUGCACAAUAUCAAUUGGCUGGCAUGGCCAUUUUUGUUUGAAAGGUGUUGGAUACCUCUUCAUUUGUUUUUCUGUGAGUACAGCUGUGUUCAGAAUACUACCUUUAGUUGACUUGCAACUAGGGCUGCGAUAACCUUGAGUACAAUGGUUUAUGUUUACAAAGGACAACCUUUGGGAGCUCCAGCUAUAUUUGUGGUGAGUUUACUGAUAAUUUGAACAGGACCUGAUGUGAAUGAGCAACGCAGGCAAUUUAUGUGGCCAUGAGCAAGAAAGGACAUGUGAAAUCAGCACUGCGCAACAGAAUUCUACCUAACCCCAUGAAAGGAGUAAAUUUCAACCACAGCAACAACACGCACAGUUGAAAGACCAAAACCUCAUCUGACAAGAUGGGAUUGGUUAGAGGCAGCAAGUUGUUUCAAGUACAACCUAGAAAGGAAAGAGCAGCAAGCUUCACAAAUUAAAAUGUAUCCUCUGGGCUCCAGAAUUUUGCCUUUCUUAAAUCAGUGCCACCCCUGUAUUAUAAUAUAUUAAGGACAUUAAUGAACUUUACAAUGCUGAUAGAAACCAUAAAUGCACAUAUGAGGGACAAACAAUCACCCCAAUGGUCUUUUUUUUAAGCGCGGUUUUCUGCUUUUGUUUUAAAAAUCAAAGUUCCAUCAGUGCUGCUAUUUAGCCCAUCUUGUAACAACAGUCAGUAAGGGUCAAUGUGAGGUUCGUACAGGGCUUUCUCCUUUAUUCUAACUUCCUGAAUGUAAUACUGUGGCUCAGCAGGAGACGCAAAGAAAUUGUACUGGAAAAAUCUAUCAUCUUCGCACGUUGUUCAAUAAUCCUGUAAAUCACAAUCAUAUCAUUUGGUGAUCCCUGCCACAGUGCAUAAUUUCACCUUUACAAGGUAUUACAUGUUUAAUGAGUUUUCUACCAAACUGUGGUGUGAAAUAAAGGAAAGGAAAUUGAAGAAAUUUCUCACCUUAGCUGAAGAUUCACUUUUUUUUGUCCUUUCAUCAAAUCAAAUCACAAAGAAGGAGUUAACAGAGCAAAGGUAUUGGUCAAACGCCAGCUCAAGAGGCAAUAUCCUCCACCUGACAUUGGUCAGUUGUAGAAAUCUGCAUCAGUAAAAUCAAGUGGCGGCACUGAAUAAAGAAGUGAAAAUGAAACAGUUGACAAUCCAUGUGAGCAGCCUGGUAGCCUUCAGUGAUAGCAUCAUAAUACUAAGCUUUGCUGACUCUUAGCCACAGCUUGAUUGUUUCAAGCCUGUUUGAAAGACAGCAAUACUGUUGCUGAGUAUCAGUGUUGUUGUGCUGGCUUCCACAUAUGUACGCUGGUGGAUUUGUGGCACUAAUGUUGACAUUUGGAAGCUGUCGCUCAACAUAAUUAUGCUUGGGGUUUGUAGAGGCUCUGAUUCUCCUCACAUGAUUGGUGUGACAAUGUAAGCCUUCAAAGGGAAUACAAUGAACCUUUUAGCUAUUUUUCUAUUGUCGUCUUUCCUCCCCAUCUUACUUCCUUUAUCUCACUAUUUCUUUGGAAACAUGGACAAACAUGCCUGGGCUUCUCGGUACGCUCAGUAUGAAUACCACUUAUUGGUCAGCCUAGCAGAAGAUUCCAGUUGAGAAGCAAAACAGGAAGUACUGGCUUGUAGCUCAGAUAUGAGAUGCUUUGCUUCCCAUUUAAAUAUGACUGAGUAUAGUGGAAACUUAUCCAGCUAAAUGUUCUAGCGCAGGCCACUUAUUAUUCAGAGGAAAGGCUUAGGCUUUCAACACGUGGUGCGAAGCAAGCAUCAUGAAUGCUUUGCUACCAAAGAUUUUAUUUUAAAUACUUUUAAAUAUGAAUCUGCAAAAUGGGUACAGUCUCUUGACAGCAAGUAUCUACAGUUUGUGUAAAAAUCCUUCCAAACCAGUUUUCUUUUUCCAUUUUGCAUUGAAUAAACCAAAGGUUUUAAAAGUGCAUGUCCUAGUGCCACAAAGUGUGUAAACGUUGUAAAAAUUGAUCAUACCUCGCUGUGGGAUCAAAAACCCAGAACUGCUUUUUAUUGCUGUUGUGCUUGGUUCUCUAGUAAUUCAAUUCUUAUACAAAGAAGUGGAUAGUGUUAUUUGCACAUUUGUGAGAAGAUGUUUAUGGUGUUUUGACAUGGUUCAACCUGAUGUUUCUAAAGCGUGGAUCAGUAACAAAAACAAAAAAAUUUGAGCGUCAGUGUCUUGAGGAUAGAUGGCACUUGGUACCAUAUAGUAUGUAACAAUUCCAUUUGGAAAAUUGUACUCUUCUUUUGUUCUUCUUUGUGCUAUUAGUCGUAACCCAACAUAAUACAGCACUUUGGGGGGAGAGAUGACAGAAGUUAGGCUGAGGAGCCAUGUCAUAAAAUUAAAUGGACACACAAAUGUUAUUCUUUUGUGUCAUUCCGCACUUCAGGAUGUGGUUCAUAUUAUGAGGUUGAGAUCUUCAUUCAAAGAAUAAAGGACACUGCAUCUUCACUGAUUAGUUUGUCUUUCAAUGGCAGAACCGGGGCGGGUUCAUGACCAACCCCCUGUUUUGUAGUGUGUAUGUAAUUUAAGUGUGCGGCUCCUUAAAAUCUUUCAUGCAGCCAUGCACGCAAAGUUGAAGGGGUUGUCUUGUGUACAGCCUGAGCAGGGAAUUCUGGGUUGACUGACAGUCAGAAAGCUUACAGGGGAUAUUGGUUAUGAUCUCUCCCAAAGCCCCAACAGCUAUUUUAAGAUCAGCCAAUUUUGUAUAUCAGGCCGUGGUCAAAACGGCACAUAAUUUGCUCAUUUCACUUUUAAAUUCUCUGUUGUGACCACGUUGCCAUUUUGAGUCUGAUAUGAAAACGAAUCGGCAUUGAGGGCAUCAUUGUGACUCUGCUGUGCUGUGCCAAGACAGCUAAACCUGGAUUUCACCUUCCCCUCCACACACCCAACCUUUCAACCUUAGCUUCAUCCCUGCUACCUUUUAUUCUAUAACAUAAUAAAACAAAAUUUAAAGUGAACCUUGCUGAUAGAGAUUCAACUGAAUACUACUGGCAGGAUCUUAACUCAUUCAAAACCUACUCACUUACACAAUUAAAGUGUUACAGCAACAGAAGUAAGAAAUCAACUUGCCUCUCCUGAAAGUAUUAAUAGGGAAUUAUUUUCCUCUUCUGCUAAAACUAGAAUAUGUUACUAGUUGAAUUCAGUAGCAUAAUAAUGGUCCCAUAGCUGCAGAACUCGUGACUCUUCACCCGAUAUUCUCUCAUUGUCUUUCUUUCAUAAAAUAUUUUUCUCCCUUCACCACUUCACUGUUAAAGGUGCUGCUCAGUGCAGACAUGCAGAUUCUCAGCUGCUGUGGUAGUCUUCUGGUUCCUCGCUGCAGUGGCCAUUCUUCACGUGGAACGAUAGAUUCUGAUUUUGGAUAGCCUGUUGAUUGUGGGGCCAUCCCACUCUUAACCAGCGUCCAACUUUCGAACAAUGAUCACCAGAUAGUGACCCAAGAAUGGAGCCCUAAUCUAUGGAAACUAAUACCAGUCUUAAUAACAUACCAUCAGUUUAACUGAUUCAGGAUAGGCUAGGGACUGAACAGCGGACCUUCCUGGUGUAGUUGUUCAACAGCACACCAGCUGGUGUGUUUACCAAGUGAGGCAUUGACAAAACCUGUGCUGAAAUCUGUAACAAAAUAAAAAGUGCAGCAGAAUCCCAUACCGUGCAGUUGGUUGGUUGGGUAAGAGAAGCAAAUAGAAUCAGAUUUGCAAAUAACAGGACGGCAAUAUCAUUGCAAAUAACAGGACGGCAAUAUCAUUGCAAAUAACAGGACGGCAAUAUCAUUGCAAAUAACAGGACGGCAAUAUCAUUGCAAAUAACAGGACGGCAAUAUCAUUGCAAAUAACAGGACGGCAAUAUCAUUGCAAAUAACAGGACGGCAAUAUCAUUGCAAAUAACAGGACGGCAAUAUCAUUGCAAAUAACAGGACGGCAAUAUCAUUGCAAAUAACAGGACGGCAAUAUCAUUGCAAAUAACAGGACGGCAAUAUCAUUGCAAAUAACAGGACGGCAAUAUCAUUGCAAAUAACAGGACGGCAAUAUCAUUGCAAAUAACAGGACGGCAAUAUCAUUGCAAAUAACAGGACGGCAAUAUCAUUGCAAAUAACAGGACGGCAAUAUCAUUGCAAAUAACAGGACGGCAAUAUCAUUGCAAAUAACAGGACGGCAAUAUCAUUGCAAAUAACAGGACGGCAAUAUCAUUGCAAAUAACAGGACGGCAAUAUCAUUGCAAAUAACAGGACGGCAAUAUCAUUGCAAAUAACAGGACGGCAAUAUCAUUGCAAAUAACAGGACGGCAAUAUCAUUGCAAAUAACAGGACGGCAAUAUCAUUGCAAAUAACAGGACGGCAAUAUCAUUGCAAAUAACAGGACGGCAAUAUCAUUGCAAAUAACAGGACGGCAAUAUCAUUGCAAAUAACAGGACGGCAAUAUCAUUGCAAAUAACAGGACGGCAAUAUCAUUGCAAAUAACAGGACGGCAAUAUCAUUGCAAAUAACAGGACGGCAAUAUCAUUGCAAAUAACAGGACGGCAAUAUCAUUGCAAAUAACAGGACGGCAAUAUCAUUGCAAAUAACAGGACGGCAAUAUCAUUGCAAAUAACAGGACGGCAAUAUCAUUGCAAAUAACAGGACGGCAAUAUCAUUGCAAAUAACAGGACGGCAAUAUCAUUGCAAAUAACAGGACGGCAAUAUCAUUGCAAAUAACAGGACGGCAAUAUCAUUGCAAAUAACAGGACGGCAAUAUCAUUGCAAAUAACAGGACGGCAAUAUCAUUGCAAAUAACAGGACGGCAAUAUCAUUGCAAAUAACAGGACGGCAAUAUCAUUGCAAAUAACAGGACGGCAAUAUCAUUGCAAAUAACAGGACGGCAAUAUCAUUGCAAAUAACAGGACGGCAAUAUCAUUGCAAAUAACAGGACGGCAAUAUCAUUGCAAAUAACAGGACGGCAAUAUCAUUGCAAAUAACAGGACGGCAAUAUCAUUGCAAAUAACAGGACGGCAAUAUCAUUGC